CAUUCAUGGCUGGAGCUCUAGCCAAGAUCAAUCAGACGAUCCAUGUUGCCUCUGGGAAGCAUCACAGCCGUCCAUCAUUGCCGUAUAGGAGGCCCAUGAUGGUGUGUAUGUCACAAAAUAAAUCUUAUUGGGCCUCCAUCCAUGAGGAUAUUGAGUCUCAUCUCAAGCAGGCUAUUCCACUGAGGGAGCCGGUCGAAGUUUUUGAACCCAUGCGCCAUUUUGUCUUCACUUCCCCUCCAAGCACGGCCCCAGCUUUGUGUAUCGCCGCCUGCGAGCUUGUUGGUGGCCACCGUGACCAGGCCGUGGCUGCAGCUUCUGCCCUGCAUGUUAUGCAUGCAAGUGCUUAUACUCAUGAGCAGCUUCCGUUGUCGGACCGGCCUAGAGUGGUACCUACUUCCAGGCCCAUAGCUCAUCAUGUCUAUAACCCAAAUGUAGAGCUGCUCCUUCCGGAUGGGAUUGUGCCCUUUGGGCUUGAGUUAUUGGCAAGAUCCGAUGACCCGGCCCAAAAUAACUCGGGACGGAUUUUGCGGGUGAUGAUCGAGAUGACACGUGCUCUCGGGUCACAAGAAAUGGUAGAUGGGCAGUAUAAAGAAAUAUUAUGUAGCCAGUUAGAUGACAAGGAUCCACGUUACGCUGAAUUAAUAAAUUACACGUGUGAGAAAAAGGAAGGUGGGUUACACGCGUGUGGUGCCGCAAGUGGUGCAAUAUUAGGAGGUGGAAGCGAGGAGGAGAUUGAGAAAUUACGAAGGUACGGUUUUUACGUGGGAAUGAUACAGGGAAUAUCCCAAAGGCUAAUACCAAAUCAAUCGAAGAAAAUAGAAGAGUUCAAGAAUCUAGCACUCGAGGAACUAAAAGGAUUCAAUAACGAAGCUAAUAUCGAGGCGAUUUCUAGUUUCAUCAAUGUUAAUUAUAGUCAUGUUUAAGCUUUAAGAUCACGGAAAUAUAAAAUCGAUAAUGUUUUUAGUCCAAUAUAAGUCGAUAACCAAAGAAUAAUAUGUUUUUAUGGGCGGAUGAUUUAGAAGAAUCCGAAAAGGGAUUGAUGUUAAUGUCUAAGUUGUGGCCCUGUGGGUCUUAGUAUCAAAGGAUUGUAUGAAUCUCAUGUAACAAAGUGAAGUUAUCAAAAUCAAAAGUUCUGGAUUCUAACAA